UAUGGCGUUCAAUCCAGCGGGAAUAGAAGCUUUGUCUGAACUUUUGAAACCUCCAAAAGACGAUGAUUCAAGCUCUGAUGUAAGUUGGUUAAAACUAGUUAAAAGGGCGAAAGUUUGAAGGAGAAGAGCAGCGAGUUUCAGCGUAUUUGCAGCGGCGAAAUUUAAAACGAAUUUGUGUUCAUCAUGACACUGCCUACCUUUAUCAAUAAAUAGGAUGAAAAUUUCUCGCCAAAGAAAUCUGCUGCUGUAAAUCCUGGAAGCAUUGGGCCUCCAAAGAAACAAGAAAAACUCGGUAAGCCCUAUGUUCUCUUUACAAUGUCUUUCGAACGAUCAGUUUGGCUUUCCAUUACAAUGGACGUAGCAAAAAGUAAUCAAAUAGCUAGGUAGGGAUCUAACUUAAGAGAAUUGCUCCAAAUGACAGUUUUUUGUCUUUUUUGUGGUGCUUGUUUCCUGCUGCCUCGAGAUCAGCAACUGCUGUGACUUAAAAGAAUACAAGGUGUAGGUCUUAAAUAGAUAACUCAGAUUUUGAUCUAUGUAUUUCACAUGGCCGCUGACCUGAGCUGGGUCUAAGGCUCUGACUAGAAAAAUUACUACUGCGGAUAACUCUCACAUUUCCUUCUUCUUGUAAUGCUAUUCUCAUUUACAAGGUGGUUCUCAAGUUCCUAACUCUCAACUAGCAGAGAGCAGUGAUAUCUGGAGUGAGGAGGAGAUACCUGAGGGUGGACAAGGAGAUGAUGAGUUAGAUCCAAGACCUGCUCCUGAGUAUGAAACAACAACAACAACAACAAAUUAUUCGAUCUACCAACUUGUUCUAAAUAACUUUUAGUGAAAAUUAAUCAAAUUUUCUUCUGACCACUUUGCCAAUAUAAGACUUGAUUGAAAAUUGUUAUUUCCAUCAGCUAACAGCCAUGAUUAACUUGUUCAAAUCAAUUAUCAACCCUCCAAAAAGUUUGUGAAUAUUUAGACUCCAAGGGAUUUGUCACUAAGUUGACCUCAGCAAGUUGUUCAAGGAUGUUGGCAAGUUUACCAAUAGUAUUGUAGUAUUGAUUAAAUGGUUUCAGUGGUAACCAACCAGCACACAGUAACUGGUAAUCACACAUGAUUGUUUAAAAUUUAGAAACUUUGAUAGGUGUCAGGGCAUAUUGAAAUCCUCUAAGGCGGGUGGUUUCUGAAUGUAAUGCUAUAGACUCAAUCUCAGAGGUCCAGUUUAAAGCCCUGGCUGAGGCACUGUGUUGUUUACACUUACUCUCUGCUCUGAAGAACAAAAUAAGCAUUUUGAGGAACACUUAACAAAUUUCUGGGAGAUUAUGAAACUGUAAAAGUACUGAUGCUGCAGAUAUUUGACGGAAUAAGGAGUUUUGGUUCAUGUGAAAAUAUUGACUGAAAAAAGAUAGGGUAUCACAUUUAUGAAUUAAUAUACACUGUAUUUGUUUACUUUUCUGUUUAUUUAGUAGCAGUAUAAUGGAAAUUAACAUUACUUUAAAAUCCCUUAUUUUUAAAUUCAAUUUAGAUAUGAAAUGAUUUUUAAGCAAGCUGUAACCUCAGAGGAUAUGUAUCUUCAAAUGAGUGGCAGAAAUCCAUCCUCCUCUAGCUGUGAAGAUUUAGUGGUGAGAAUGAGUCUAGCACUGCUGUGUUGUUAACAGAAAUCUUUUAUUACAAACCCCUGAAUGGUUUUCACCCCUAACCAGUACUAGCAAUGUGGGUGGUAGAGGAUACUAAUGCAGCAUAUAUUGCAAAAAUUGAGAAAAAAAGUCUGUUAAAUUUUGAUGGUUCUACAGUAUCAGUGUACAAGAUGGAUUAUGAAUCAGCCAUCACAUUAUUUAUUGUGAGAACAUCAAUCAAAGAAAGAGAAACCAGAAAAAGAAAAAUCAGGCCUAAAUGGAGUUUGAACCUAGGUCUUCUGAGCACUUGUCCAGAGUUACUAGUGACUGAGUUACAUAGCCAUGUUUUGGUUGCCAUGAUAUGUUAGGGUUUCUUGUUUCCUUUAAAGAAAUUUGAUCUCAAAUUAUCAUUAUAAGAAAUUGUUUAUGACCUGUACAUGCAGUUGAAGCAGUCACAGAUAACCUAAAAUAAAGAUUUAGUGUUGGAUUAGGCCUACCUUCUACCCUACCCCCCUCCCCCUAUCUCAUUUUUUGAGAAUGUGCUUUCAUGCAAUUGUAAAUCCUGGGUUGGACUUGUUUUGUUACUUAGUACAGAUGCUAACUACAACUGUUUUCUCGCUUGUAGAUAAAAAUCAAGCUUCCAGACACAGAGUACUCCGAUGUAAAUUUAGAUGUGACAGAUACUUUUCUAGACUGUAGAACACCAAAAUAGUAAGUCAACAAAUAAAAAUUCUCUUUCCUUGUCUAGGAGGGGAAAAAAAAUCCCUCCUCCACCACAAUCCUUCAUUCUCCUUCCCUUUCCCUCAUCCUUACAUCCUUACACUUGGACAAUGACAGUUUGUGUUUUUCAAUAAUUUACAAAGUACGUUUUCUCGGAAAUGAUCAACAAUGUGUUUUCACUUCAAUUUCAGUAAACUUGGAGUUCACCUGCCACACCCAGUGGACAGUAAAAAUGGCAAAGCACAGUGGGAUAAAAGUAAAAACCUACUGACUGUAACUGUUCGACUUGUACGGGAAUAUGACUUCCUCACACAAAGGUGAUCAGAUAGAAUUCUUCUUGAUGUAUUCCUUUAGGACCUUUAAUGCAAGGAAGAGGAGAGCAGCAGUAAACACUGUCUAAGCCACCAUAAACCUGAUCCAGCUUCAGGACAGACAUUUUCACUCUCGAUGGUGUUUGGUUAAGUUUUGCCCUCUACAUUCCUGUUUACUAUCAGCAACAGUAGGAAGGCUGUAAAGGAUACAUCUGCACCUUGAUUUAAAUCUAAUUUCUGGAUUGCUGAUGACUCUACUCAACGUUUAAGAAAGAUUUGGAGGGAAAAUUGAAAGGAUUUACCUUGUCCCUCAAAAAAAUUUCACCAUGAACAUCUUAAAAAUAUAACGUUGGAACCCAAGGACUGAGUGCUUUGAGUUGAAUGAUGAAUACUUGUACAAUUACACUGAACUGCUAUAAGAUACUAUCAAAUUUAUUUUUUUGCUGGAAAUUGUAUUCAAACUUUUGAAAUUAGUGCAAAAUUAAAUAAAUUAUAUUGCCU